AGCAGUGUUGGUAACUGGCUAGCGAUAUUUGUGUUGUAAAACGGCUACUGCACUUUGUACUUUGUUUAGCCGCUGCACAUAAUUGCUAUUUUGUUUAAAAUGGCAAAGUCUAUUAAGUUUUAUUACGAUUUUCUUUCGCCGCCAUCGCGUGCUCUAUGGCUUGGACUUAAAUUGAGCAAAGCUACCUUUGAAGAUUGUCCUGUAGCAUUGCGCAAACGUGAACAGUUGACAGAUGAGUACAAGAAGAUUAAUCGCUUCCAGAAGGUGCCAGCGCUGGUGGACGGUGAUUUUCAUAUGGGCGAGAGCAUUGCCAUGACACGUUACUUGGCUGAUAAAGGACAGAUAAGCCAGCAAUUAUAUCCAAAGGAUUUGCAGGCACGUGCACGUGUGGAUGAGUUCCUGGAGUGGCAACACCUCAACUUGCGUAUGGCUUGUGGCAAGUACUUCCGCGAUGCUUGGCUGCUACCUAUAAACGGGAUUGCACCCAAGCCAAAGGCAGACAAGAUCGAUCAAUACAUCAAAGAUGUUGAGACCAACUUGGAAUUACUCGAGCGCUUUUGGCUGGACAAGGGUUUCCUUAACGGAGACAAGUUAACAAUAGCUGAUUUAUUUGGCAGCGUUGAAAUUGAACAGAUUAAGCUCUGUAUGUACAAUGUUAGCGAAAAGCGGUUUCCAAAGGUUGCCAAAUGGCUGGAGCAAGUGCGUGAAGCAGCCAAUCCCUAUCAUGAUUUUGCACAUGAGUUUGUAAACAAAAAGUCCAAGCAAGCCGCUCAAGCUAAGCUUUGAGCAGCUACAGCAACAAUUUGGUUUUAGUCACAGCAUUUACUGCCCAGUUAAAUUAAAGUAUGUAUAUUUAUUGUUGUGCUUUUUUGUUUAAACGUUAAUAAUUUACAAAGAAAUAAUACUUAAUUGUGUACUGAACCA